AUGGCUAGUCCUACCGUUCUCACCUUUGAUAAUGAGGGACGUGCAGUUGGCUUUGACGUGUGGGUUGACGAUCUACAGCUGUUUCUUCAGUGUGAUUCUAGGGAUGGGGUAUCUCUUUUCGAUCACACGUCCGGUGUUUCCACUGCUCCUGCUGCCACUGCUAACAGUACUGUUCGCUCUCAGUGGACCACUCGUGACGCUGUUGCUCGUCUUGCUGUUUGUAGUCACCUGCCGCCUGCUGAGCGCGCACACUUUGGCCAGUACAAGACUGCUCAGUCUUUGUACGACGCUGUAGUUGCACGCUACUCCUCCCCUUCCACUGCUGCACUCAGCCGUCUCAUGCUGCCGUACCUUUUCCCUGACCUUGCCGCCUUUGCCACAGUCGCUGACCUAGUUGCUCACCUUCGCACUAGUGACGCCCGCUACCGUGCUGCCCUUCCCACUGAGUUCUGUGCCAAGAACCCCCCCCCCAUGUACAUCACCCUUUACUACCUAGUCACCCGCCUCCCUGACUCACUUUCCUCAGUCAGGGAUCUCUUCCUCUCCCUUUGCCCCACCGAGCUGACUGUCGACCUGCUAGAGGAGCGCCUUACUGCAGCUGAGAAGAGUAUCUUAGCUGUAGGUGCUUCUCGCGGCGACCGUCGCACCCCUUUCUUUGAGGGGUGUUCCCCUGUCCCCCUUCUCCCCUCUGUUGCUUCUGCUGCUGCUGUCGACCUCGUUGGCACUGAGGAGGUCGGGGCUGCGUCUGCUCCGAGUGGGAGGCGCCGCAACAGCAAGGGCAAGGGGAGCAGAGGUGGUGGAGGGGGCGGCCGGGGGGGUGGUGGCGGAGGAGGAGGGGGUGGCGGUGGAGGUGGGGGUGGCACCGGGAGUGGGGGCUUCAGUGGCGGCAGUGGAGGUGGUGGAGGCAGCGGCGGAGGUGGUGGAGGCAGCGGCAGCGGUGGUGGAGGUGGCGGCGGCGGUGGUGCUGGUCGAGGUGCAGCCGCGCAGCGUGGAGGCUUUGGUGGUACCCAGCGCCAGCAGCAGCCGCGUUCCCGUCCCUGCGCGUACGUUCUUCGCACCGGCCCUCGUAGUGGGGAGGUGUGUGGGCUCCCACACACCACGCAGCGCUGCUUCGGUCGCUUGACUGACGCUUGGCGUACCCAGUUUCCUGACUCUGUUGAGCUCCCUCGCUGGCAUGAUCUGCUUCUGCAGAAUGUGCCUAUCUUUGAUCUAGAUUUUGAUGCUAUCCUUGCUGCCAUGUAUGCUCUUGCUGAUAUUACUGAGGGUGACUGUUACCUGAGUGUCCCGCCCGACCCGGGCACUGCGGCUGCUGCUCUAGGUGCUCGUGCGGCUGCUGCUCUAGGUGCUCGUGCGGCUGCUGCCCUAGGUGCUAGUGCGUCUGCUGCUCCAGGUGCUGGUACGUCUACUCUCUCUGGUACUGCACCUACUGAGGCCUUGCACACUUUCACACUUGACUCUGGUGCUUCACACUCUUUCUUUAGAGACAGCACCACGCUCACGCCGCUCAGCCGGCCUGUUGCGGUCUCCCUUGCUGACCCCUCAGGGGGCCCAGUCCUUGCACGCUCCUCUAUAGUUCUACCGUGUCCUGCGGCCCCGUCGGGCUUGCUGUCGGGACUCCACCUCCCCUCGUUCUCUACGAACUUGGUGAGUGGAGCUGACCUCCAGGACGCGUGGGUUGACCAGUUCACCCCUGGAGGUCAGCGUGUGACCCACUGCACUUGCUCUCGGACGGGCCGCCACCUCGCCACGUUCACCCGUCGGCCAGGGUCGAGUCUGUACACACUGACUACUGCGCCUCCUCCGGUCUCUGCGUCUGGUCAGGUAGCUGCGUCUAGUCAGGUGUUUGCUGCAGCGUCCAGGUCUAGUCCUGCGUCUGCCCCCUGCUCGUGUCGUCCUCUGUCGCACGAGACUCUCCUUUGGCACCACCGCCUUGGUCACCCCUCCCUGCCUCGUCUUCGAGUUAUGGCCUCCCGUGCCCUUGUCUCUGGUCUUCCCAGGUCCCUCCCUCCCCUUCCUCCGGGGCCUGCCCCUACCUGUGUUCCUUGUGUCGAGGGCCGGCAGCGCGCCGCCCCUCACUCCUCCUUGUUCCCUCCGACUGAGGCUCCUCUGCAGACUCUUCACAUGGACGUGUGGGGCCCAGCCCGCGUCCGUGGACAGGGUCACGAGCGUUACUUCCUGCUGGUCGUUGACGACUACUCGCGCUACACCACAGUCUUCCCCUUGCGCAGCAAGGAUGAGGUCCCUGAGGUGUUGAUCGACUGGAUCCGCGGUGCUGGUUGCCAACUUAGUGAGAGUUUCGGCUCAGACCUUCCUGUUCUGCGUCUGCACUCAGACAGAGGCGGGGAGUUCUCCUCCGACCUCCUGAGAGCCUUCUGUCGUUCUGAGGGCAUCCGCCAGACGUUCACGCUUCCGGCCUCCCCGCAGCAAAAUGGGAUUGCUGAGUGCCGCAUUGGCAUGGUCAUGGACGUCGCUCGUACGUCCAUGAUCCAUGCGGCUGCUCCCCAUUUUCUGUGGCCGUUCGCGGUUCAGUACGCAGCGCAUCAGAUCAACCUUCAGCCUCGUGUCUCCUUGCCGGAGACCACACCUACUCUGCGGUGGACGGGGAAGGUUGGCGAUGCGUCCGCGUUCCGUGUCUGGGGAUCUCGAGCUUUUGUCCGCGAUACUACUGCGGAGAAGCUGUCCUCCCGUGCCGUUCCCUGUGUCUUCCUUGGCUUCCCUCUUGACGCACCCAGGUGGCGGUUCUACCACCCCACCUCGCGUCGUGUUCUGUCCUCUCAGGACGUCACGUUUGACGAGUCGGUGUCGUACUACCGUCUCUUUCCCUACCGCACUGCCUCUCCCCCCCCCCCGCCACUCUUCCUUGCCCCAGGUACUCCCCAAGUAGACCCCCUCCCCCCCCAGGGUCCUGCCCCCUCAGGUGUGUCCCAGGUAGACCCUGCCGAGCCGGUCAAGGUAGCUGUCGACUCAGGUGCUGAGUCUGGGGGUGCUGAGCCUGCGGGUGCGGGGACUGGGGGUGCUGAGAGUGGGGGUGCUGAUCCUGGGCGUGCUGAGUCUGGGCGUGCUGAGCCUGGGGGUGUUGAGCCUGCGCGUGCUGCGUCUGGAGGUGCUCUCGGUGUCCCGUCGCGGCGGGAGCCUCUCUCUCCACAGCAGCUUCGUGAGUGGUACUCUCGGCUCUGUCGGGGUACUGCUGGGGCUUCUGGAGGUGCUACUGGUGCUGGUGCUGCUGGAGGUGCUGCUGGUGCUAGAGGUGCUGCUGGGGCUUCUGGAGGUGCUGCUGGUGCUGGUGCUGCUGGAGUUGCUGCUGGAGCUUCUGGAGGUGCUGCUGGUACUGGGGGUGCUGCUGGAGCUUCUGGAGGUGCUGCUGGUGCUGGUGGUGCUGGAGGUGCUGCUGGAGGUGCUGCUGCUGCUGGAGCUGCUGGAGGUGCUGGCGCAACUGGAGGUGCUGCUGCUGCUGGAGGUGCUGGAGGUGCUGCUGGGACUGGAGACCCUGGGGCUGAGGGUACCGGUCCUGUUUCUGCUGUUUCUGGAGGCGCUGCGCGGCCGCGGCCGUACUACGUUCCGCUCCUUCAGCAGGUUCUUAGCUCACCGCCUUCUCCUGGUCCUCCUCCUUUCCUGAGUCCGCCGCCUGUCCGGUCCCAGUCACGGUUGCAGCCAGCCUCUCCACUGCCCGGUCCUUACUCUGGACCGACUGGAGGUCUUACGGAGCGUCGUGAGCCUGAGUCUCGUCCUGUGUUGCCUGCGUCUCGUGCUGCGUCGCCUGUCCGUACUGUUCGCGCUGGUCGUGUUUCGCGUCCGCGUCUCCCUCCUGUCCCAGGCACUCACUCUAUGACACUGCGUCCUUCUACAGCUCCACAGCGUGUCCCUCUGCCGUCUCCUCCUGCGUCCUCUCUUCCUGCCAGUCCGGACCCGGAGUCUGACUCCCUUCGUGCUGCUAGUCCAGCUGUCCCGCGCUUUCUGGCCACUGUUGUCACUACCCUCUGUUUGACUCCUCUGCUGCGUCUGCUCUUGUUAGUGAGCUUGUUGACUUUGCUGCUGCCUGUCGCCUAG